CCCCCUUCCUAUAUGGAAUUAUUUAUUCUACACCAGGCACUCAAAGUACGCUGUAGCCUUGGUUACCUGCAUGUUAUUUAGCAUACUUUGAUGUCAUCUUUGUUAGAACUGCACUGCUGUUUCUUCAACGCUUCAGCCUUUAAAAAAAUGGUUCAAGCUGGCCAGUGUGCAUGUGGACUCCCAAGAAGUAGGAAUCUGAACGUUUUUGCCUUCAUGAAAUCUUUCAACCUAGUAAGAUCUGUGAAGUAUUUUAAGCAGUCCCUGUGGGUCAUAGGCUCCUUGGGAGUGAUUGCAUUAACCUGCGGGAUGGUUUGUGGGGUUGAGUGUGAUGGGCCAAGAAUCUUUGUCUCAAUCCAGCAAACUCUAUGACUUUUAUGCUUCCCCAGAGCUCACAUAGGGUUCAGCAGGCCAAGAAGUUAUAGUGUUAAGUUAGGUUCCCUAGGAGUUGCUGUGGGAAGUGGAAGCUCUUUAGGAAUGAGUGUAUGGGCACACACUGGAAGGUGUUCCUUGAUCCAGUCUCUGAGCGGUGGUUAGCACAGUCCUUUUCCAUCUGCAAAGUGCUCUUUCCCCACCCCCCACCUCUAGUGAGGUUGGUCGGUCGGUGUCAGUAUCCACACUGUACAGAUUGGGAAACUGAGGCACCAAAAUGGGAAAGGCCUUGCUGAAGUCCCUGUGAGUCAGUGGCAGAGCCAGGACAAGGACUUCAGAUUCCUCGACUCCUAGUCCUGUGUUCGUUUCAUUCGACCAGAGUUUCAGCCUUUGCAAGUAGGCAAUCCCUUAUCUGAAGUUAAAACUUUUUGCCACCCCAUUCCGCUUACUAUAAAAGUUAGAUUAAAAAUAUAUAUUGGUACUGAGGCUAAGUAAUUGAUUUGUGUGUGUGUUUCGAGAGCUUGACAGAGAACAUAUGACCUUGAAGAGUCAGAGGAUGUUGGAAGUGGGGUAGCAAGAUCUUCUUUGCUUUAGAUUGUAAUAAAAAUGUCAGUGCCUCACGAUCCUUCCCACUUCCCCCUCAUGGGGGUUGUGACCCAAUGUUUGGGAAACACUGCACUAGAUGGUGGUACUCUAAGGUCGGUUAUGUUUGCGAAGGGAAUUCUAGUCUUGAUCCUUGCACGGUGAUCUGGUAUGCGAAGGCAGGCUGAGUUGAGCUAGAUCAAUUCUUGUAGCCAGAGAAGGCUCCAGGUUCAUCUGAGCAGGUACGUUGCCAGCAGGAGAGAGGGGUUGUGGAGGAGAUGGGAAUGAUCCCUACAUAGAUGGCAACAGUGCUCCUUUGGGGUUCGACUCUGCUACCCUAGAGCGUUGGGCACAAGUAGCUGACGUUAGAAGCUCAGAAAGCUGGGCAUAUGCCAUGAGUUAAAUGAUUGGAAAUGAAUCUGUAACAAGUGCUUACCAUCACUGUUUGCUGGGACAGGGUUUGACUGAUGGGAGCAUGUCGGACCGGAAAUCUGGCUAAUAAGCAGAAAAUCUGUGUUAAUAGACUGGUGGUUGGGGUAGGGGGUUUAAGAAGGUGUCAGCUGGCGGAUGGUGGAGCCAGCUCGCAAUCUCGCCUUAGGAGCUGGCAGGCAGUUUGGCAUAUGGUGCAGAUUCCCGCAGCUUAAGCCAACAGACAGUCAUUAAGUGAUGGAAACGUUUUGUGAUUGGGUUAAAUUGCCUGUAGAAGGGUGAGAAAAUACACACACGAGCUCAGUCCAGAGUGGAGCAGUCUCUCAAAUGCAAUGGAGCAUGAGGAGUGGAAUGAGCUCCUCACGGCCCCUGCCCAGCAGCGGGCAGGUCUGCAAUUAGCUGGAUUGCUGCUGUGUGAAAGAGAUGGAGGAGGGAGGUGUUGUGGAGGCCUUGCAAUGCCUUGGGCUGAGUCCACCCUGGCAUUAGCUGCCUGAUGCCACUGAAGUCAGAGAUGCACCUGCAGGACAAUUGGCCUGUUGUUUUUAUCAGAAUUUUGGCACUGACAUCGGAGGGAAAGGAUGGUUUUGUGGUUAGGGCAAGGGAGCGGAAGUCAGGACUCCUGGGUUCUGUUCCCACCUAGGAGGAGUGGGGUCGAGCAGCAGGGCUGGUAGUCAGGAUGUCUGGGUUCUAUGCCCACCUCUGGGUGGGGUUGGGUGGGUUAGAGAAGUGGGUUCUACUCCCACUUCAGCAUUUAGGCAACUCCAACUAGUAUAGAACGUGUCAGCAUGUGUCCUCAGCAACACAGCUGCUGGAGCACAUCAAACCUGUCCCUCACUCUCUAUACUGGCUUCUUAGAGCAUAUUGAAUCAAGUUCAAGGUCUUGGUCCUUAUCUUCAAAACGCCACGUGGCCUGGGCCCAACAUAUCUAAAAGAUCAUCUAAAGCUCCCGGAAAGGCUGUGGUCGACAGCUCUGCUCCUCUGGCCCAAUGGACUCUCAACAAUAGGAGUAGAGAUAGUCCAUGCGGGAGACAGAGCGUCUCUAGGAGUGGUCUGAGACUGUAGCCCGAACUCUCCCAGGAACUAAGGAUUAUCGUAACCCUCACCACCUUCCACUCCAACUACAAGGAACAUUUCUUUGACCUGCCUUCUAUAAAAACACAGCAACAAGUACCCGUAUAUUAAAAGAAAACAGACACCCCUAUCAAAACCAGACAGUCCACUGCAUGGCGUUUCUCCCUCUGGGGAGAGGAGGAGAGACCGGCACAUGACCGACGUGUAGUCAUGGUGCGCUGCUGGAAGGCACUCAGAUACUACGGCCCAAGUGGCAUUUCUGCAGGGAGAGAGGAAGGGCCAAGAGAACCUCAAGACAGACCUUGUGCGCAGGAUAAAGAUGUUGGAGUAUGCCUUAAAGCAAGAGAGGUCGAAAUACCACAAGCUGAAGUUUGGCACUGAACCAAACCAAGGGGAGAAGAGAGCGGAUCUGUCAGAACCAGUUUCCAAUGGUCCAGCGGAAACAACUUCACUGGAAGGCAACCCACUGGUGUGGAAAGAAGGGCGCCAGCUGCUCCGGCAGUACCUGGAAGAAGUGGGCUACACAGACACCAUCCUGGACAUGCGCUCCAAGCGAGUGCGCUCCCUCCUGGGCCGCUGCUCCGUGGAGCUGAACGGCACCGUGGAGCCCAGCGACUUGGGGCUGGGCCCCGCUCCGGGCCCCACUGGGCUGAACGGGGGCGAGUCGUUGCUUGUCAAACAGAUCGAGGAACAGAUUAAAAGGAACGCUGGGAAGGAGACAAAGGACCGGAUCAGCAGCUCGGUGAUGGAGAAAAUCCCCUUCCUCCAGAACUGCGAGGACGAGGACAGCGAUGAAGAGGAAGAUCUGGAAGGCCUUCCUCUCGAGACCCAGCGGCAGCACAAGAAACAGCGAGUAAAGCUUGCCACAAAGCCCCUGAUGCCUGAGGUGGAGGAUGAGGAGGAUGAUGAAGACUCUGAGGAUGCCUUGAACGAGUUUGACUUCUUGGGCUCUGGGGAGAACGGCGAGGGCUCCGGGGACGCCCGGCGCACCGGGGACGGGAACGAGCUCGAGAGCCGGAGAGUUAAGCUUCAAGGCAUGCUUGCCGAUCUCCGGGAUGUUGAUGGGCUCCCCCCUAAACCAUCUAUUCCAUCUGCCAUCUCCAAUCAUCCCAGGUCUCAUGAAGCAGGGUCGCUUGGCUUCUCCUCGGAUGUGUUUAUCAUGGACACCAUUGGCGGAGGGGAAGUAAGUCUGGGGGACCUGGCAGACCUGACCGUCACCAACGACAACGAGCUCACUUGUGACCUGUCAGAUGGCAAAGACGCCUUUAAGAAGACCUGGAAUCCCAAGUUCACGCUCCGGAGUCACUACGAUGGGAUCCGGGCCCUUGUUUUCCACCACACGGAGUCCGCGCUGGUCACUGCCUCUGAGGACGGCACGCUGAAGCUGUGGAACCUCCAGAAGACGGUUGCUGCCAAAAAGAACGCUGCACUGGACGUGGAGCCGGUCUACGCUUUCCGGGCACACAGGGGUCCAGUGCUCUCUGUUGCCAUGGGCUGUAACAGUGAAUAUUGCUACAGUGGAGGAACGGACACCAAGAUCCGCUUCUGGAGGGUCCCGGAUUUGAGCAUGGAUCCUUACGACAGUUAUGAUCCAGGAGUCCUCAGCAACGUCCUGGAAGGCCACACGGAUGCGAUCUGGGGCCUGGCAUUCAGCCCUUCCAAGAACCGCCUGGCUUCGUGUUCAGCAGAUGGCACGGUCAGGAUAUGGGACCCUAGCGAGCACCCAUCCUGCCUCAGCACCUACAACACGGAGCGUGAGUACGGAAUCCCUACCUCUGUUGUGUUCGCCAGCACGGACCCUGCCCAUGUUGUGGCCGCCUUCCGAACGGGCAACACGGUGCUGUAUGACCUGGAGACCUCCCAGCCCAUCCUGACGCUGGAAUCCAAAGCCGCCACUGGAUUCAGUCAAAUCAAUCACGUGGUGAGCCACCCGACACAGCCCGUCACCAUCACGGCGCACGACGACCGAGGGAUCCGCUUCUUGGACAACCGGACAGGGAAAGCCAUCCACUCCAUGGUCGCUCACUUGGAUGCUGUCACCUGCCUCGCCGUGGACCCCAACGGGGUCUUCCUCAUGUCUGGAAGCCACGACUGCUCUCUGCGCCUCUGGAACCUGGACAACAAGACGUGCGUGCAGGAGAUCACGGCCCACCGCAAGAAGCACGAGGAGGCCAUCCACGCUGUGGCCUUCCACCCUAGCAAGGCCCUGAUCGCCAGUGCCGGGGCCGACGCCCUGGCCAAGGUCUUUGUAUGAGCAGCGGAGGAUCCUGCAGGUGGGUCCCCGGGACUCUCCAGAGGUGCUAACCCCGUCUGGCGAUGAGCGUAUCCCCCCCACCUCCCCACAGCUCAGGACCUGCUGCCAAGGGGCGGCUCUUCUCACCCAGUGGAGUGACAUGGACGUGUGUGGCUGGGGAGGGUGGGCAGGGGAGGAUGACAACCCCGUGACCGCCCCUUCCUGUGCCCUCAGGGCCCAGCAGCCAGAUUCUGGAAUGUUUUCUGCUUGUUUCAAGGUCGCCUGGUUUUAUUUCCCAGCCAGCGAGUGGAAAGUGUUCAGGGCCAGGCACGGCUAAUGGCAGGGAGGGGCUGGGCCCGGGCCCAGCUGUUCCAUGACGUUGGGCACUCGUCCCCUCCCCAGCACCAGUACAGCCCUCGCUGCCCCUAACUCCCCUGGGCAAGGCUCUGCCAGGCCACAAAGUAACCCCCGGACCUUUAGGGUUCACAAACCCACCAGAACUGUCUCCUGGCCUCUUCCUUUCCUCCCUGAGCUGUCCCCUGCCAGCCCCUUGCAGAGCCCCAGCCGAGCUGCCCCUGCCGGCUGAUGCCAGGGCCGUCAGCAGUAGGGGUUUGGGGGCUGGAGAGCCAGGGAGAGGGGGCACUGAGUGGAAGAGGGGGCCAGCUGGGAGGUUGCUCAGAUGGACCUGGAAUAAGAGGCCCCAUUGCGCUGGGUCAAGCCAGGAAGGUUACUUCCCGUGGGGAGCAGGGUGGGGGUAGCGAGGCAGUUCCCAGGCUGCUGCCCGCACAGGCGAGUGACUGGGACAGGGGGACGGGACUCACACCCAGGAGUUACAGCGUUGACAGUGGAGGGGCUGAUGGGUGCUGCCCUCUCUUCUCACCCCUGCAGGGGGCAGCGCUGCUGGGCCUGAUGCGGAGUGUUUGGUCUCCAGGGCUGCUGCUGCCCUCAUCCCAGUUUGCAGGCCAGCCAGCCAGCCUCCCGUGGCAGAUCUCCUCGUCCUGCCCCUGGCCUGCUUGGCGCUGCCCUGGAUCCCGACCCCAUCAGGUCCUUGGGGGUGGGGAGGAAGCAGCCCUCGGCCUCCUUGGCUUCCUACCUUAUUGUAGCAAUAAUCCCUUCCCGUGAGGGGAGGGGGUCUCCGGGCAGGCGGCUCCUGUGUGACACUACUGCUCCCUUAGCACAGGGGUGCGUGCCUGCCCUGUGAUGGGAGCUCCAUUCAUCCACGAACGGUUCUCCUGCCCUCCGACUGCAGCCUGGUUCUCAGCCCAUCCCCAGCGCAGUCCGGGCAGAGCCUGGCAUCUGGAGUGCUCCCCCCAGAACACUAAACCCCCCAUGCUGUUCCCAGCGGGCAAGGCCAUCUUUGCCAGGACUGGACACCAGCGGUGUUACCUGGGAUGGCUGCAUCGGUCAAACACUCCCCCCAGAGCAAGCCAGUGCCAGCAGGCCGGGCGUUCCCCUGGCAAGGGUUGGACACAGCCAUGCACGGAGCCUUAUGGGUCCCACGGCGCUCAGAGCCGGUUUGCGGUAGAGUCACCCUCACCAUCACCCCAGCAAUAAAGGCCACAUUCCCGGGGCUCCAAUGCCUUGACCCACCCCCAGCUUGCUAACGUCACCUAGACUGCUAACCUGCUUGAAAGGCAGUGGGGUCUAAUGGUUAGGACAGAGGGCCUGCUGGGAGUCAGGACUCCGGGGUUCUGUUCCCACUCCUUGGGGAAGUCACUUCCCUCCUGGCAUCUCCCUUUCCCUGUCCUCCCUGCCCCCUGCUUGCAAAGUGCAUGGUGCCGUUGAGCGGCCGAGGGUUACCCUCGCCACAUCAGGAACCAUCUCUGCAGGGGUGAUGUCCCCGCUUUGGCUUGGACACUAACCCAUCGCGCCGUGGGGUGCCCCCUGGAGCCUGUGCCUUGUCACGGGAUUCUGCAUGAAGCAGUGACGCCCCCAGGAGCCAGACCGAUGACGGGGGGCUAAAAGAGAAAUGUUAGCUUUGAUCGCAGGGCUCUCAAACCUCUCCAGUGGGGUGGGGGCUGAUUCCACCAUGGCCAGAGGGGUGCAGAUCCCUGCCCCCUGGUUGGUAUCCCCUGCCAUCUCUUCUUCAUUUCGUCUUCUCGCCUGUAACAAAGAAAAACUCCUUGUAUAUUCUGUACAAAUGAAAUCCGAUUGCAACUGAACCCAGAGACACCUAAAGGGCUGAAGCUCAAGUGACUACAAACCAUGUUAUCACUGUGUGAUAGUCUCUACCGCUGGCAUUUUCAAACCGACUAGCGAUUGUGGGGUGCCAGCUCUAAAGGGGGGUGUUGCUGAGCCAGCUGCCCUCUGGCAAUCAGGCCCCGUUAGGCCACGUCGAGGCAGGGGAGCUGCCCAAGAAAUCAGAUCGCUAGCCGCUCUUGAAAACCUCGGCCUACGUCCCCAAUAUACUGUAUGUAUCGGUGUGCUGUAUUUAUCCAAACUGAGAGCACUCGCCUUUUUAAUGCGGAUUAACUUUUUAUUGUAUAUUUAUUUGACCUCUUUGGGUUUUUUUUUUUUUUUUUGUCCUGUUUAAUCACAAGACUGAAUCGUAUGUGAAAAAAAUCUGCCUCAAUAAACCCCCUUUGGAAUAAGAA